AUGUCCUUGCUUUAUAAGAAAACUCUGAAUUUAAUUAAAGGAAAUAACAAUGAAGCCAAAGGAAUUCGAAUAAACAUAAAUAAGCCUAACAAGAGAGGGCACAAUAACUCCGUGAUCACUUCUAAAUAUAACAUUUGGAAUUUUAUAUUUUUAAAUGUAUAUGAACAAUUUCACAAGAUAUCAAAUGUGUAUUUUUUUAUUAUCGGUAUUUUACAGUUAGUACCCGAGUUCACAGCAACGAAUAGAGUGCCUACCAUUUUAUUUCCGUUGACCAUUGUUUUAGUUGCUAAUGCCAUUAAAGAUGCAUACGAAGAUUGGAAUAGACACAAAACAGAUAAAAUUGAAAAUAAUCGAAUGUGUUAUGUUGUAGCCAAUGAAGAAACUAACGAAGAAAUACAUAACACAUCUAUUUGUAGGACUAUAUUUAAAAAGAUAAAAAAAAUUUUGAUGAGAAAAAAAAAAAUAUGUAGCACAGAUAGUUUGUUCGAUGAAGAAAUAUAUGUUGAUGAAAUUACAGAUGUAGAUACAUUUAUGAGCAGUUUUGAAGGAAGUUUAGGACAUAUUGAAGGGACUAUUAAAAAAAGAUGGAAAGACGUAAAUGCAGGAGAUAUAAUUUUGUGUAGAAAAUCUGAGUUCUUCUGUGCAGAUAUUUUGUUACUUUGUACAAGUGAUAAUAAUGGAAUUGCAUUUGUAGAAACAUCAAGUUUAGACGGGGAAACGAAUUUAAAAGUUAAAGAAGCAAAUGGGUUUGUAUUUAAUAUUCUUACAUCUGACAGGGAUGAAGCAAUUAGGAAGGUAAAAAAUUUGAAAGGUUUUAUAAUAAGUGAAAAACCUAAUAAAGAUUUAACAACUAUGUAUGGCACUAUAUAUUUUGAAAAGUUUGAAAAAAUCGAUUUGGAAUUUAAUAAUAACUUAACAGAAAAAUUAAAAGAAACAACGGAAAUGAUAGAAAAUCGAAAAAAACGCAUUUCAAGUGCUGAUUUUAGUAGAAAUAGUUGUAGUAUUGGAAACACACCAGAGGAAUGGAUAGAUGAAUUAAAUGGUCAAGAGGAAGAUAAAUAUGUCAGAAUACCUUUUGAUGAAAAACAUUUUGUAUUGAGAGGUUGUAAAUUAAAAAACACGGAUUGGGUAAUUGGGAUUGUCAUUUACAUUGGCAAAGAAACAAAAAUACAAAUGAAUUCAACAAAACCUAUUAUAAAAACUAGUAAAUUGGAAAUAUUAACCAACAGAUUGACUAUUAUCAUUUGGUUUAUUCAGAUGAUUAUUUGCUUUAUUUCAGCAUAUUACAAUGCAGUAAUUGUUAGUUUAUCUAAAAAAAGUAAAUUCAAAUAUUUGCCCUUUAAUUUAGAAGAAUCGAAAAAACCAUUUAUUGUGGGGAUUAUAUCCUUUUUCUCCUGGGUUGUAAUCACAGCUAAUUUUAUACCUAUCAGUUUAAUUGUUACAAUGAGUUUUGUAAAAGUUGUUCAAGCAUAUUUCAUAUCGUGUGACAAAAAUAUGAUUCAUAAAGUUCAGGCAGAUAUACCAACAUUUGUAGAAGACAAGGAAACUACUAGUCUGCAGUAUAAAAAUUCGCAAGAUUUAGACCCUAAGGAUCAAAGGGACAAACAAAAUCUCUAUCAAAUGGAUAGAUCAUUCAGUAAUUUAACAUUAGAAGAGAAGAAAGAAAAGGACGAAAUAACAAAUGGUAAAGAUAUUACGAGUGGUAAUAAUAACGCUAAUACAGGUAACACAAAUAGUAAUAGCACAAACAGUGGUGGUAAUGCCACUCAAAACGAGCGGAAAAAAACGCUAGCCAGAGUGAUUUCAUUUAAAGACCCGAAAGAAAAGAACUACAUAUAUUUUAAUGCUGUACCAAGAACCUCCAGCUUAAUAGAAGAGCUAGGACAAAUAGAAUACAUUUUCUCAGAUAAAACUGGAACAUUAACGUGUAACGUUAUGGAAUUUAGAAAAUGUGCUAUUAACGGAAUCUCCUAUGGAAAUGGACUAACAGAAAUUAAAAAACACAUUUUAAAAAAAAAGAAUAUUGCAAUUCCUGAGGAACCGAUCAUGAAAUCAAAGCAUAAAACACCAAAUGUAAAUAUAGUAGAUAACGAUUUAGUAAACCAUUUACAUGAUAUAACACACUUUAACCAUGAAGCAUUAAUAGGUUUUUUCCUACAUUUGGCUAUUAAUCAUUCAGUUAUUUGUGAUUAUGGUAAAGAACCCACAACGACAUAUUCUUCAAGUAGCCCUGAUGAAGAAGCAUUAGUAUAUGCAGCUAAACAUUUCGGAAUCACAUUUUUAUAUAGAAGAGAUGGAAAAUAUGGAAUUAGCAUUUUUGGGACUAUAUACGAAAUUGAAACGUUGGCAAUUAUUGAAUUCACCAGUAAGAGAAAAAUGAGUAGUAUUAUUUGUAGAAUUCCAAUUAAAUCGACCUAUACCAGUGAUGAUUCUGGGAAUACUCAAAUUAAAUCCAAUCCAGUUAAGGCAAACGAAGGGAUUCCCAUUAGUUCUAAUCAGGAGGGAGGAACAAAUCCAAAUGUGUCAAAAAGUGGAAAUAUUGUAGAACAAGAAAAUGAUACAACAAAGGAAUCAUAUUCAUGUACCGCUAAUGAAGAUCAAUCUUCACUUUGUAAAAACGAUUGGAACAUUUUGACUCAAUUGAAAAAAGAUCCUAUGGAUAUUGACCUUGUCAUUGGUAAGGGAAAAGAUAAAAAAGGAUAUAAGGAAAAUAAAGAAAAAGAAAUAAUUACAUGUAAAAAUUGCAAGGAGUCAAAAAUUAUGCUAUUUUCCAAAGGAGCAGGAAGUGUAAUUUUAAACAAAUUAGCGCAUAAAACAGAAAUAGAUGAUAUUACAAUUGAACAUAUGGAAACAUAUGCAGACGAAGGUUUGAGAACUCUGUGCAUAGCACAAAGAGAAUUAACAGAAGAAGUGUUUGCAGAAUGGUAUAAACUGUACAAAGAAGCAACUGUAAGUAUAGUAGACAGAGAAGAAAAUUUAGAAAGUGUUGCAGAAUAUAUUGAAAAUAAUUUAACAUUACAAGGUGUUACAGGAAUAGAGGAUAAAUUACAAGAAGGAGUUAGUUCAACGAUAGAAGAUUUAAGAUUAGCAGGAAUUCAUAUCUGGAUGUUAACAGGUGAUAAAAUUGAAACAGCAAUGAAUAUUGGCAUUGCUGCAAAUUUGAUUGACAAUUAUUCAGAGCAAUUCAUCUAUACUGCAGAUUUAAUAUCUUGUGAAGAAGCAUUAAUGAAUAAAAUAGAUGAGGAUAUUAUAAAUAUUGAAAAAACACUCAAUUUACCGCAUUUCGAUUUUAAUGAUAAAUCUAAUGAUAGAAAGCAAGGUUUUUUAAAAAGUUGUUUCACUGUAAAAGAAGAAUGCAACCUUUCAUUAAGUCCAGAUAAUUACAAAUUGUUAAUUAGCUCAUUUAAUCAUGUUUUAGUAGUAGAUGGUGGGUUGCUUGACAUUAUGCUAAGCAAAAAAUUUGAAAGAAAAUUUUUUUAUUUAGCUGAUAAAUGUUCUUCUGUUAUCUGUGGCCGAGUUAGUCCAUACCAGAAAGGAGCAAUUGUCUCUUCUGCAAAUCGAUUAUUAAAAAAAAUUACGUUAGCCAUAGGUGAUGGAGCCAAUGAUCGUAAUAUGAUUAACACAGCGAAUAUAGGAAUUGGAAUUAGAGGACAAGAAGGGGUGCAAGCAUUUAAUUCAUCAGAUUAUGGUAUCAGUCAAUUUAGAUUUCUAAAAAAUUUAUUACUAGUACACGGAAGAUUAUCUUACACAAGAAUUAGCAAAUUGGUGGUAUAUAUGUUUUAUAAAAAUAUUGUUUUAAUUUUCCCUUUAUUUAUAUUCGGAUCACUUUCUUUAUAUUCGGGGCAAAAAAUAUAUUAUGAAUUUUUACUACACCUACAUAAUAUAUUAUUUACGGCAGUUCCAGUGGUAGCUCAUGCCAUAUUAGAUAAAGAUGUGAGUUUAAAUACAGCAUUAGUGACACCAAGUUUAUAUAAAUUAGGAAUAUAUCAUUAUUAUUUUAACAUCAGCACUUUUGUUUCUUGGGUCAUUAAUAGCCUUUUUCAUGGGUUAGUUGUUUUUUUAAUACCGUUAUAUUUUUUGUCAUACUAUAAUAUUCCAAGCUCUGAUGGAACACCCUAUGAUAUGUGGACAGUUGGGAGUGUUACUUAUUUCCUCACAGUUAUAGUUGUCAAUUUGAAAGUUUUGCUAGAAACAUAUUACUUAAAUAUACUCCCGCUUGCUGCAGUUUUUAUGAGUAUACUGGCAUUUGUCAUCCUAGUUAUUUCAUGCUCUUUCAUGUGCUUUGGAAGUAAUAACUUUUUAGGAACAGCCGUCAUUUUAGCCAAGUCUUUACGAUUUUGGUUAGUUGUUCUCUUAGGCAUAUUUACCGCCUUAUCCAGAGAUUACAUUUUUAAGGUUUACAAAAGGAACUUCAAUCCGGAGGUGUAUCACUUUCUGCUUGACAAGGAGGAUAAACCAGAAGGUGAAAAUAAGGUCAUCGACCCGAUAAAUUCGGACAGUUGUCAGGAGGAAGAAAUUAAAAUUGAAAAGUGCAAAUCAUUCGGAUACGCGUUUAGUGAAGUAGACCCCGCAUGCGUUAAGUUGAUUAGAAAACAAGACAAGAUGAUUUAA